GUACUUUUGGAACGCUCCUAUGCGAACUUCAUCGGAUGAUCCUCCAAUCUCGAGCUGCAAUUAGAGCAUGUUCUCUCUCAAUCCUCGGCGGUUUGCACCCCUUCGUACCUUGGCGCAGUGCCUUGCGAUCGUAUUUCCCUCAAAUGUUUUCUAAGGGCCUCCUUGCAUUGAUUGCCCCGGGCUUCACCCGACCCGACGCGGAAUGGCCCCCCUUAUCACAACGCUGGAGCAACCUAUAUCAUGGAGGAUCUCCAUCGCAUUCUCACCCGAUAACCGCUAUUUAGCCACCUCCGAUAACAAAUUGGUGCGGAUAUGGGAUAUGGCGACUGGGAUGACUUCCCGUCUUCUCGAUGGUCAUACCUCGCUAGUGACGUCUGUUGUGUUUUCUUUCGACGGCAGCUAUAUUGCCUCCGCAUCGAUCGACAAGUCAGUUCGGAUUUGGAAUAUGGUAACGGGAAUAGCUGCCCUCACCCUCAACGGUCAUACCGAUACAGUGACAUCUGUUGCAUUCUCACCCGAUGGCCGGUGGCUAGCAUCCGCCUCACGGGACAAAUCAAUACGGAUAUGGGAUGUAUCUUCCGGCGGUCAAUAUCUUGGUUCCGCUUCUUUCGAUGGUUCCGUGCGGAUAUGGGAAUUGUCUACGAUGGCCUCUGUAGUCCUCAAUGGUCAUUCAGAUAAGGUGCUGUGUAUUGCAUUCUCUAACGAUGGCCAGUUUAUCGCCUCUGGGUCAGUCGACAAGUCAAUACGGAUAUGGGAGGUGGCAACAGCGACGAUACUCCACAUACUCACUGGACAUAUUUCCAGAGUAGAAUGUAUCGCAUUCUCCCCCGAUGACCUUUACCUGGCUUCGGUUUCGCGAGACAUUGGGUUACAUCCGUCGCUUUUUCGUCUGAUGGCCGCUACAUGGCCGCUGCGUCGUCAUUUCCAUCAAGCCUACGUGAAAUCUAUCGCAUUUUCACCCAUCGACCAUUACAUAGCCUCUGCUUCCUAUGACAAGUCGGUGCGAGUCUGGGACACUGCCAAGGAGAUGACUCCCACGAUUUUCAAUGGCCAUAGGAAAGCGGUGACAUGCGUAGCAUUCUCUCCCAAUGGCUGUUAUUUAGCCUCUGCGUCGAAUGACAUGUCGGUGCGAGUUUGGAAUGUGGCUCAGGCUGGUGAACUACCUUCGAGCCCACUUGUUCUCAGUGGCCACACAGACUCCGUGAAAUCUGUCGCCUUUGCACCCAAUGGCCAUUACCUAGCUUCUGCCUCAGCCGACAAAUCAUUGCGGAUAUGGGAUGUCGCCACAGGGAAGACUCAAUAUCUGGCAUCCGCAUCAGAGGACAACUCAGUGCGGAUCUGGGACGUUGUUUCUGGAACAGUCUCGCCUCCCCUCGAGGACCACGAGGCAUGUGUGAAUUGUGUGACGUUUUCGCCGGACGGGAAUUACCUUGCCUCUGCUUCGGAUGAUAAAUCUGUGCGGGUUUGGGACACGAAUACAGGGACGGUUUUGUUCAUUCUCAGCGCUCUUACUGAAUGCAUGAAAUCGGUUACAUUCUCUCCUGAUAGCCGAUACUUACUGUCUACCGCCUCCCAUCACCACUCAGCACAGUGCAUUUGGGAUCUGCUCGCGCAAAAGCGUGUUAUAAGCAAUUUCCACUUGAACGUUUCGAAACCGAUGUCGAAUGUUAAGCAAACUCCGCCAAUGCUUAUCACCUCCCCUUCCCCUCGGCCUCCCUGGGUCAUAUUGGAGGGUAAUAGUCUGUGUGUAAAGGUUGGGACGUAAAGAUUCAUUUUUGUUGGCUCCCAGAUCAUUUCAGGAGUAGAACCCCAGUCGUUCAAAAUGGGAGCACUGUGUGUGUGGGAGGUGCUGGGGGCGAGGUAGUCUUCGCGGACUUCUCCGAUUUCAAUUUCCCCGAGGUAUAGCCCAAGCCUUUCGCCCACCUCAGCGUCUCCUUACUGCAUCUUCAAUGGAACAUGAGACGCUGUCAGUGCCGCAGGUCCUUCGUUUGAACGCAUACGUAUCCCAAAUAUCUAUCAAAAAUUCUACCCCUGUAUUGAUAUUACAUAAUUGAUGAACUUG